AUGGGGUGCUCUGCGGGCAACGUUGGCAGCCAGACGCGGGGGCGACAUCGUGCCUCAACCCAGGACGGGUCGUACGAGCUCCUGCGAGCAAUGGUCAUGAUGUCGUGGGCUGACUCAAAUGCUCGCACCAGGUUCCAUCAGACGUUACUUCAUCGCCCGUCGCUUCAGCCAUUCGGGCCUGCCUGGCAUCGAACGCAAUUGAUUCCCGUGUCACCCAGCAGAAAGCGGCUUGAUGAUGCAACGCCGGUAUACUAUGCAGAUCCAAGACGGGCUGCCAGGCAGGCCACCAGCCAGCUUCCCCGCGUCGCUCGUGCAACACUGCUGCAGACGCGUCAAACCUAA